CUGUCCCCCGGUUCACCCCUCCCUUAGGAGGAGACUCCCCCCUCACUGAGUGUACGGGGCGUCCCCUGCCCCUUCCCGUGGGGUCCGCUGUAUUAGUGCCGCCCCCCAGCGGUUGUAGUUUGGGGGGGGGCAGAGGAGUGACCGAGAGAGGGGGGGGGGGGUUCGCCGCCGCCUCCUCCUCCUCCUCCUCCUCCUCUCCGGCCCCCUCCCCGCCUCCCUCGGCCCAGACGCCGCAGUACGAUGUGGUCCGCGCCGCUGCGGCUGCGGCUGCGAGCGGGCCGGCGGCUGCGGCGGCUGCUGCGGGGGAACUGAAGGCAGCGAGCGCGCCUGUGCGAGGGGGCUCGUGGGGAGGCAGCGCCGAGCCGAGCCGAGCCGAGCCCGCGGGUCUCGCCUCAGCGCCCCCCUCGCCUUAUCUGGAAGGACGCGGCUGUUAUGUGAAGACCUUGUGUGGACAGUAAUGACCGCACAUUUCCGAUUGCCUGCUGGCAGAACUUACAAUGUACGAGCGUCUGAGCUGGCACGAGACAGACAACAUACAGAGGUGGUCUGCAAUAUUCUUCUCCUGGAUAACACUGUACAAGCUUUCAGAGUUAAUAAAAACGAUCAGGGACAAGUUUUGUUGGAUAUAGUAUUCAAACAUCUCGAUUUGACAGAGAGGGAUUACUUUGGUUUACAGCUGGCUGACGAUUCCACUGAUAACCCAAGGUGGCUGGAUCCAAACAAACCAAUCAGGAAACAGUUAAAAAAAAUGCUUUUGUUAAUUCUAGGAGGAUCUCCUUACAGUUUGAACUUUAGAGUCAAAUUUUUUGUAAGUGACCCUAACAAGCUCCAGGAAGAAUAUACAAGGUACCAGUAUUUUUUGCAAAUUAAACAAGACAUUCUUACUGGAAGAUUGCCCUGUCCUUAUAAUACUGCGGCUCUUUUGGCUUCCUAUGCUGUUCAGUCCGAAUUGGGAGACUACAACCAUUCAGAAAACUUGCCAGGCUACCUCUCAGACUACUCUUUCAUCCCUAGCCAGCCUCAAGACUUUGAAAAAGAAAUAGCAAAAUUACAUCAUCAGCAUAUAGGCUUGUCUCCUGCAGAAGCUGAGUUCAAUUAUCUCAAUACAGCACGUACCUUAGAACUCUAUGGAGUUGAAUUGCACUAUGCAAGAGAUCAAAGUAACAAUGAAAUUAUGAUUGGAGUGAUGUCAGGAGGAAUACUAAUUUAUAAGAACAGGGUACGAAUGAACACCUUUCUGUGGUUGAAGAUUGUAAAAAUUUCUUUUAAGUGCAAACAGUUUUUUAUUCAACUUAGGAAAGACUUGCAUGAAUCUAGAGAAAUGUUACUGGGAUUCAAUAUGGUAAAUUACCGAGCAUGUAAGAAUUUGUGGAAAGCUUGCGUUGAGCAUCAUACAUUCUUCCGAUUGGACAGACCACUGCCGCCUCAGAAGAACUUCUUUGCACAUUAUUUUACUUUGGGUUCAAAGUUCCGGUACUGUGGGAGGACAGAGGUCCAGUCUGUGCAGUAUGGUAAAGAAAAAGCAAACAAAGACAGGGUAUUUGCCAGAUCCCCAAGUAAACCCUUGGCACGGAAAUUGAUGAGUGGGAUGGACUGGGAGGUAGUAAGUAGGAAUUCAUUGUCUGAUGACAGGUUAGAAACACAGAGCCUACCAUCACGAUCUCCACCUGGAACCCCAAAUCAUCGUAAUUCUGCAUUUACUCAAGAGGGAGCCCGUUUACGACCAUCUUCAGUUGGACAUUUAGUGGACCAUGUAGUUCACGCCUCACCAAGUGAAGUUUUUGCAAAUCACAGAUCUCCAUCCUCCACCCAAGCUAAUAGCAUCAUUCUGGAAUCAUCACCAUCCCAAGACACCGCUAUAGAUGGGCAACCUCCUGCACUACCACCCAAACAAUCUAAAAAGAACAGUUGGAACCAAAUUCAUUAUUCACACUCCCAGCAAGAACUGGAUAACCAUAUUAAUGAAACAUUUGAUGUUCCCGCAUCACCUGAAAAAUCCACACCCAAUGGUGGUAUUCCCCAUGACAAUCUUGUUUUGAUCAGAAUGAAACCAGAUGAAAAUGGAAGAUUUGGCUUCAAUGUAAAGGGAGGAUAUGACCAGAAGAUGCCUGUAAUAGUGUCCAGGGUAGCUCCAGGAACACCAGCUGACCUCUGUGUCCCUCGUUUGAAUGAAGGGGACCAGGUUGUAUUGAUAAAUGGCAGGGAUAUAGCGGAACAUACCCAUGAUCAAGUUGUCAUGUUUAUUAAAGAGAGCUGUGAGAGGCACUCAGGGGAACUUGUGCUCCUAGUACGACCCAAUGCUGUCUAUGAUGUGGUGGAAGAGAAGCUGGAGAGUGAGCCUGACUUCCAGUACAUCCCUGAGAAAUCCCCCCUGGAUGGUGUCCAUCAGGAUGAUGAUGCUCUGCGGGAAUCUAUGAUUCAACUGGCAGAGGGGCUUAUCACUGGAACUAUUCUGGCUCAGUUCGAUCAACUGUAUAGGAAGAAGCCUGGAAUGACAAUGUCUUGUGCCAAAUUACCUCAAAACAUUUCCAAAAAUAGAUACAGAGACAUUUCGCCUUAUGAUGCUACACGGGUCAUUUUGAAGAGUAGUGAUGACUACAUCAAUGCAAAUUAUAUAAAUAUGGAAAUCUCUUCUUCCAGCAUAAUAAACCAGUACAUUGCUUGUCAGGGUCCAUUACCGAACACUUGUCCUGAUUUUUGGCAGAUGACAUGGGAACAAGGUUCUUCUAUGGUUGUAAUGUUGACCACUCAAGUUGAAAGGGGCAGAGUUAAGUGUCAUCAGUACUGGCCAGAGCCUACAGGAAGCUCAUCAUAUGGAAAUUUCCAGAUUACCUGCCAUUCAGAGGAAGGAAAUCCUGCUUAUGUCUUCAGAGAGAUGACACUGACUAACUUUGAGAAAAAUGAAACCCGUCAGCUCACCCAGAUCCAGUAUGUAGCAUGGCCUGAUCAUGGGGUUCCUGAUGAUUCCAGUGACUUCCUGGAUUUUGUGUGUCUUGUACGAAAAAAGAGGGCUGGCAGAGAAGAACCUGUUGUUGUUCAUUGCAGUGCUGGGAUUGGACGGACAGGGGUUCUUAUCACUAUGGAAACAGCAAUGUGUCUCAUUGAGUGCAAUCAGCCUGUUUAUCCAUUAGAUAUUGUGAGAACAAUGAGAGAUCAAAGGGCCAUGAUGAUCCAAACACCUAGUCAAUACAGAUUUGUUUGUGAAGCUAUUUUGAAGGUGUAUGAAGAAGGAUUUGUUAAACCUUUAAAGACAUCGCUGCAUAAAUAAGAGCAAAAGGGCUAGGAUCCAUAUUGAAGUAUCCUGUCCUCUGUAAUAAACUGGCAGCAUUCAUUGUGCCAUAACUCUGCUUGCAGGAAAUGGUGUCGGAGAACAAUGAAGAAUUGACAAAGGACUUUGAAAACUUCAGCACUGUUGCACUUUAUGUUGAAACAAAAAUCAAUCUCUAAAACUCUAUUACUUACAUGUGUUUGAAGACUUCAUUAUUUUCAUUCUUUGCUCCGAACAAACCAUAAAUUGAAAGAACUGAGUGUGUUCAGGGUAACUUAUGAUAUCUCAUUAUAGUGCCAUAUACUCCCCUUCUGGUUGAAUUGCUACAAACAAGGCUUGGAAUUAUUUAACUCUGGUAUACAACUGCGUCUUUUAAAAACAAAACAAAAAUCUACACUAAGCCAUGGUCUCUUCCAGCACUAGAUUUAUUUACGGUGUACGGAUCCUCACUUUUGUGUUUAAAAACAUCAGCAAUAUUGCCAAUAUUAGAUAGAGACACUGCCUACUGAUGCAGCACACUUUGCUCUUCACCCCUAUUAGAGACCAGCUGGUUAUUAGAGGAAAGCUAGAAUCUGUGUUAACCCAGCAGUAGCUGCAUAAUGUCCACUUACCAGCAUCUUGUAAAAUAUAAACAGCAUUUCUCUGAACUAAUGGCACAACUUAUUUCUGUGUCAUAACACUGGUGUAUUCCAAAUCAUGUGACUUAACAUUACAUAACGGGAACUAGUGCAUGCAUUGCGUCUUAACCCCUUAAGUGCCUUGAGACUUAGAGUAUGUCUAAUGAAAAGGCACUCAUAUGACCCUAUCGGGAAGGUAUUAUCCUGUCAUAUUUAUUUUAAUGGGUUCAUAUUUUAAUACAUGGCCCUUGGUGCUUUGAUUAUGGUACUGCAAGGGGGUCACAGAAUACCAUUCCCUUUUUCCUAAUACAAAUACCUGCAUGCUACUGUGGGUAGAAAAUCACACUUACUUAAUGUGUGAGCAUUGUUUGCUGCUGUGAAACUAAAUGGAAAACCUGACACAUUCCUUCCAAUUGGUAACUUAUUAGCAGCUGAUAAUGAAAAGCCAGUAGGUUGUUAGAACUCGUUUUACCCUACCAUUGAGAAAAUCUGUCUCAUUUAAUUAGAUUAUAACUUUUAAUACCACUGAUAUUUAAGGUUAAACUUACCAUCAAGUGUGAUUAAUUCCUUUCCAUUAUCUGCUAACCAAUUAUUUUUCUAAGUCUUCAUCUGUUGAUUUCAAGCCAUGUUCGUACUGGACUUUUUAAUUAUUAUUAUUAUUAUUAAAGUAAGGAAUAAAACUCUGUCAAAUUGUCCCAAAACUUUAUUUUACUCUCUUAAAUGACCCCAGUCAUUUUUUCUGUUAUCCUUGUAUAAAAUUAAAUUGUUCCAUUUUGUGUGCGUUGUUUCUUAUUUAAGUCAUUAGCAUAUUUGUAAUGAGCAGUUUGUUUGUCUGUUUGAUACAGUAUCUGAGCUCAUUGUAAGCAUAUGUAUAUUUUGUCCCUUUUCAAUAUUUUUUCCAGUUUGGGAGAAGCCAACUGAUAAGCAAGGUAUUGAGCUUGAAAUACAGUAAGUAGGGGUUCAGUCACUUUUUUGACUACCCUUCAGAAACCUAACUUUACAUGCCAAUAUUUAAAAGGUUUGUUAUUUUAUUGAUUUCCUGAAAAUUAUUAUCCGUUCGGUUUUGUUAAUAAGCUAUAUAAAGUGUAGAAUUAAAAGAUAUGAAGUUCUAAACUGAGAAAGUUUAAAUAUUGUAAAAUUCUUCUAUAUAAUAUACGCUCUUCAGUGGGCAUUUAGAAGAGACGACAGUUAUAAAAUACUUAAGAAAACAGUGAAAGUGAAUUCAGGUCAGUUGAAGUCCUGGUUUAUGAAUCUGUAAACAUCAAGAACCAUGAUGCCAAAUAGAAGAGAUACAGAGUUUUAAAUAUUUUUAGAAAUAAAAAGAACAUAAUUAAUAUUAGAUGGGCUGUAGCCCUUAUUUACAAAGAAAUUCUGCUAUGUAUAUUUCUAGAGCUGACAUUCAAUUCAAUAUUAUCCCUCCAUGAACAGGUUAAUCUUAUUUAAAAGUACAGCGUAAGCUGACUCUACUGCCAGGUAACUGACAACGUGGCUUGCUUCCUAGAGAAAUUGAUAGGGAAAGGUAGUAAUUUUACCCAAAUCUAAAUUGAGGAUUUAGAUAUUCUCCCGUCUGUAGUAUUGACAUCUAUACCAGUCAUACUUGGUGUAAUCCUGCUAGGUGCUCAGUACCUCAGAGGGAGGCACUCAGCACCUUGUAGGAUUGGAGCCUUUUGGUGUAUUUUCAGAGACUUUACCUUUACAUCACUCAGGUAACGAAAAGAGAUUAGGGGUAUGUGUUUUUAUUUUGACACCUGGGAUGAUGAUGAUAUAAAGACGUUUUACAUGGUAGUGUUGAAAAAAUCCAUACCUUCUUAGUAGCCCAUUUCUAGUCAACAGAACAUGAAAGAUCACAGGAUGUUAUCUCACACCUACUGAGCAUAAAUAGUAAAACACCUUUGGAUAUUAAGCCAAAAGUAGCUGUUCCUAUUUUGAUGGCCAUCCAAAAGAAAUACUUUUUCUCUGGAUUAGAGAGACCUAAAAAAAAUAAUAAAUUGGCUUUAAUCUUGGUUUUGUUUUUUAAACUAUCUGCAACAAAAUUGUUACCCUGUACUUUGGAAAGUUUUCAAGCUUUGACUUCCAUGUGACAGCACUUUGAGCCAUAAUAUUGGCUAGCUCGAAGGCUAAUUUAUAGGACUGUCAAGCGAUUAAAAAAAUUAAUCGCAAUUAAUCGCAUGAUUAAAAAAAUUAAUUGCAGUCUUAAACACUAAUAGAAUACCAUUUAUUUAAAUAUUUUUGGAUGUUUUCUACAUUUUCAAAUAUAUUGAUUUCAGUUACAACACAGAAUACAAAGUGUACAGUGCUCAUUUUAUAUUUAUUUUUAUUACAACCUAAUGUAAGUACUGUAGUGCAGUCUCUUUAUAAUGACUGUUGAACUUACAAAGGUAGAAUUAUGUACAAAACAUACAAUUGCAUUCAGAAACAAAACUAUGUAAAACUUUAGAACCUACAAGUCCACUCAGUCCUACUUCGCCAAUCACUCAGACAAACAAGUUUGGUUACAAUUUGCAGGAGAUAAUGCUGCCCACAUCUUCUUUACACUGUCACUUGAAAGUGAGAACAGGCUUCCGCAUGGCAUGUUGUAGCUGGCAUUGCAAGAUAGUUACAUGCCAGAUGUGCUAAAGUUUCAUAUGUCGCUUCAUGCUUCAGCCAGAAGACAUGUCCAUGCUGAUGGGUUCUGCUCGAUAACAAUCCAGAGCAGAGCAGACCAAUGCAUGUUCAUUUUCAUCAUCUGAGUCAGAUGCUACCACUGUAGGUUGAUUUUCUUUUUUGGUGAUUCGGGUUCUAUAGUUUCCGCAUCUGAGUGUUGCUCUUUUAAGACAGCUGACAGCAUUCUCCAUAUGUCAAUCCCUCUCAGAUUUUGGAAGGCACUUCAGAUUCUUAAACUUUGGGUCGAGUGCUGUAUCUGUCCUUAGAAAUCUCACAUUGGUACCUUCUUUGUGUUUUGUCAAAUAUGCAGUGAAAGUGUUCUUAAAACAAACAUGUGCUGGGUCAUCAUCCGAGACUGCUAUGACAUGAAAUAUAUGGCAGAAUGUGGGUAAAACAGAACAAGACAUAUGAAUCUCCCCUGAGCAGUUCAGUCACAAAUUUAAUUAACACUUUUUUUUUUAACGAGCAUCAUCAGCAUGGAAGCAUGUCCUCUGGAACGGUGGCAGAGGCAUGGAGGGGCAUAUCUGAAGGGGCAUGAAUGUUUAGCAUAUCUGGCAUGUAAAUACCCUGAGAUGGGAUAUUAGGUGGAUGGGAUCUGAGUUACCCAAGAAAGAAUUUUCUGUAGUAUCUGGCUGGUGAAUCUUGCCCAUAUGCUCAGGGUUUAGCUGAUCGCCAUAUUUGGGGUCGGGAAGGAAUUUUCCUCCAGGGCAGAUUGGAAGAGGCCCUGGAGGUUUUUCGCCUUCCUCUGUAGCAUGGGGCACGGGUCACUUGAGGGAGGAUUCUCUGCUCCUUUGAAGUCUUUAAACCACGAUUUGAGGACUUCAAUAGCUCAGACAUAGGUGAGGUUUUUCGUAGGAGUGGGUGGGUGAGAUUCUGUGGCCUGCGUUGUGCAGGAGGUCGGACUAGAUGAUCAGAAUGGUCCCUUCUGACCUUAGUAUCUAUGAAUACGUUGCAAUUCCGUCUACAAAAGUGCCAUGCAAUCUGUUCUCGCUUGCAGGUGACAUUGUAAAUAAGAAGCAGUCAGCAGUAUCUCCUGUAAAUGUAAACAAACUUGUUUGUCUUAGCAAUUGGCUGAACAAGAAGUAGGACUGAGUGGACUUCUAGGUGCUAAAGUUUUACAUUGUUUUGGUUUUGAGUGCACUUACGUAAAAAAAAUCUACAUUUAUAAGUUACACUUUCACGACAAAGAAAUUGCACUACAGUACUUGUAUGAGGGGAAUUUAAUAAUAGUAUUUUUUAUUUAUCAUUUUUACAGUGCAAAUAUUUGUAAUAAAAAUAAUAUAAACUGAGCACUGUACACUUUGUAUUUUGUAUUUUGUAAUAGAAAUAAAUAUAUUUGAAAAUAUAGAAAAAAUCCAAAAAUAUUUAAUAAAUUUCAAUUGGUAUUCUGUUUAACGGUGUGAUUCAUUGUGUUUAAAUUUUUUAAUUGUAAACUUUUUUUAGUUAAUCGCGCGAGUUAACUGUGAUUAAUUGACAGCCUUACUAAUUUUACUAAGUACUUAAUGUCUAAAAAAUUAAAUUUUAAAAUAUACAUCUAUUAUAUUAAGAUAUUUAUGUUCAUAGCCAAGUUGUAAGUGAAAAUAAUGGCAUUGCCCUUUUUCAUACUCUUACUGAAGGAAAGGAGGAAUAGAGAAUUUAUAGCAACAUUGUAUACUACUGGUAUUUUACAUAUUUAAAUAUUCUUAUGUAAGGUCACCAAAGCAGUUUGAGUUUCAAAGAUCCAUUUAUACCACAGUUGAGUGGAGUAUAUUAUUGACACUUUUUUUGUAUUGAUUUCAGAUAGAGACAGGAACAUAAGACUUCUUAGAAGUCUUCAUCUCCAUUGACUUAAACUGAUUUCAUGUACUAACCAGCUGCAGUG